GGCGUGAGCUCGCGGGAGGGUCGUUUCUUCCCCCCGCCCCGAGGAAGCGAAGGCACGCGGGGGCGGCGUGAGAGCGCGGGGCUGUUGGCUGGGGCGGUUUAGAGCCAAGCGGGGCGCCCCUCCCCCUCUCUUUCUGGGCUCUUGUGUGUGUGUGUCUGUGUGUGUGGAAGGGGGGAGUUGUUGCUUCCCCUUGGUUGGGACGGGAUGUCCCAGUAGCGGCUGGAGACCGGCACGGACGGAGGCGUUGAGCGCGAGCAGGACCGCGAGCUGUCCAGGGUGGCUGAAGCGAACGGAGGAAGGAGCGUCUCUUUUUGUGGACAAAGCUGAGCCUGAAAUACAGUGGACUGAACUGCAGAUACAGACCUUCAUUCUACUUCUGAACAUUUAAGUAUCUGAUAAGAAUCUUCUUUUCUUGCUAUUUAAGAAGAGCACUGCAACAGGAAUGCGCAGUUUAUUAACUCCAAGUUGUUAAUGCAUGAAGUAAGGCAUUCUUGUGAAAGCACAUCUCCAUAUUAUAGUGGUUGUCCUGCAUGCAACACACUUGCUAAUUUUUUUCUACUCAUAAUGCAACUUGAUGGAAGAAAAUGUUCUAUUAAACAUGUGUGAAGGUCGUUCAUUUCAUGUCCGUUACAGAAUGGAAGCUUCUUGCCUGGAGCUAGCUUUGGAAGGGGAGCGGUUGUGUAAAGCAGGAGACUGUCGGGCUGGUGUAUCUUUCUUUGAGGCUGCAGUUCAAGUUGGAACAGAAGACUUGAAAACCCUCAGUGCAAUUUAUAGCCAGCUGGGCAAUGCCUAUUUUUACUUGCAUGAAUAUGCAAAAGCUUUGGAAUAUCAUCACCAUGAUCUAACACUUGCAAGGACCAUUGGUGACCAGCUAGGAGAAGCUAAAGCAAGUGGCAAUUUGGGCAACACCUUAAAGGUCCUUGGGAAUUACGAGGAAGCAAUUGUCUGUUGUCAGAGGCACCUUGAUAUUUCCAGAGAGCUAAACGACAAAGUUGGAGAAGCAAGGGCACUUUAUAACCUUGGAAAUGUGUAUCACUCAAAGGGUAAAAGUGUUGCCUGUGCAGGUACGCAUGAUCCUGGGGAAUUUCCAGAUGACGUUAAAGCUGCGUUACGGAAAGCUGCAGAUUAUUAUGAGGAGAACUUGGCAAUUGUGACAGAGCUGGGUGAUAGAGCUGCCCAGGGGCGUGCUUAUGGAAACCUUGGAAAUACUCACUAUCUCCUGGGGAAUUUCAGGAAUGCUGUCAAUGCCCAUGAACAGCGCCUCUUAAUUGCGAAGGAGUUUGGUGACAGAGCUGCAGAAAGAAGAGCCUACAGCAAUCUUGGAAAUGCCUAUAUUUUUCUUGGAGAGUUUGAAACUGCUGCUGAAUAUUACAAGAAGACAUUACAGCUUGCCAGGCAGCUUUCAGACAGAGCUGUAGAAGCCCAAGCUUGUUACAGUCUUGGAAAUACAUAUACUUUACUUCAGGACUAUGAAAAGGCUAUAGAUUAUCAUUUGAAGCAUUUGGCAAUUGCUGAAGAAUUGAAUGACAGAAUUGGUGAAGGAAGAGCAUGCUGGAGUUUAGGUAAUGCAUACACAGCCCUGGGGAACCACGAUCAAGCAAUGCAUUAUGCAGAAAAACACUUAGACAUUUCACGAGAGGUGGGAGAUAAAACUGGAGAGCUAACAGCUAAGCUUAACCUCUCAGAUCUUCAGAUGGUUCUUGGUCUAAGUUUUAGCACUAAUAACUCAGUGAUGACAGAAAAUCAUAUUCCAGAUAAUGGCUUGAAUGGCACUAGACCCCGGGUAGGACGUCGCCACAGUAUGGAAAAUAUGGAACUGAUGAAGCUGACGCCUGAGAAGGUUCAGGACUGGAACAGUGAAAUUCUAGCAAAACAGAAACCACUAGUUCCCAAACCUUCAGCAAAACUGCACUUUGUAAAUCGAUUAAAAGGCAAAAAAUACAAAAACAUCACUUCAAAGGUUCUUCAGGAUGCUAGUAAUUCUAUUGAUCAUCGGCUAAGUUCACCGAAGAAAAAUAGCACAGAUGUACCUGGAGAUGAAGGGUUUUUUGACUUGCUGAGUCGAUUUCAGAGCAAUAGAAUGGAUGAUCAACGAUAUUGUUUUCAGGACAGAACUAGAUUGACAGCAACUGCAUCGUCUACACCAUCUCGAGCAAUGAAAAAAUCCUUUUCUACUUCCAUGAUCUCGCCGCAUACAGACGAAUUUCUAGAUCUACUUGUUAGCUCGCAGAGUAGACGUCUAGAUGAUCAGCGAGCCAGUGCCAGUAACUUACCAGGACUUCGGCUUAAUCAGCAUAAUAGCCAGUCAGUGCUUGGCCAUUUGAUGAGUAGUAGCAGCAGUGAACCAGAUGAGGAUUUCUUUGACAUCUUAAUAAAAUGCCAGGGUUCCAGAUUAGAUGACCAAAGAUGCGCACCACCACCAAAUAUUGCAAAAGGGCCAACAGUACCUGAUGAAGAUUUUUUUAGCCUUAUUUUGAGAUCACAGGGGAAGAGAAUGGAUGAACAGCGAGUCUUUCUACCUUCUGGUUUGAAGAGGCCAAACUCCAGCUAAUGGACAUAAAAAUUUCUUGGAACAAUCGUAAAAUCAGGGGAUUAUGUAGUACUGUAAAGUUUUUUUUAUAUAUGUGCAAGGAACAAUGCCUUUAAGGAAAAAAUGUAAAAUCUGGAAUAUUAAAAAUACUGUGUAAUUUUACAUAGUUUAAGGUACAGUUUCUGCUGCCACUGCUUGGAAAUCAAGUGUCUAAUGUUUGUAAAGUGUCACCUGCAUAGUAUAUAUAUAUUUCUUUCUCCCCUGCUGGCCUUUUUUUUUGUAAAUAUACUAGUUUUGUUUGAUGGUGGUAGUGCUUAAGGUACUUUUGUCACAAAUUUGUGAAACUUCUUGCGAAAAUUAUGUAAUUUAAAUAACAAAACUAGAAAUAGCUUCAAUGGAUUUUCUAACUUUUGCAUAGUAUAAAAGUUCUAAAAGUUAUGUGUGUAUCUUUUUUUAAAACCAUAGAAAAAAUAAACCUUGGUACUAUCUAAA